UGACAGAUGAUGUGGCCUACGGUCUUGUCUAGUAUUUUAUGAAUUUAUUUUAUUAUUAAUUGAAUAAUAAUGCUAAAAUGUAUCUUUCAGUAAUUGUAUUUAUAUUUCUAAUUUCUACUUACCACUGUAAAUUACCCGAAAAAGUUUUAUGUGCCAAUGAAGAAUGUAACAAGCCAAUAUCGAAAGCAACAACUCUAUUAAACUACAACAGCCCGGAUUCUGAGUAUAUUUCAUUUAAAUCUAAAAGUGAAGCUCUAAUAUAUAUGAAAUCAGUUGAAACUAAUCCAGACAUUUGGUUUGCAAGUAUAAAUGGUAAAAAUGGGUUUGUUAAUCCAAGAUUUCUGAAAGAGAUUAAAAUUAUUGAGAAAACCCCACUGACACUCCCAACAGUUAAUUUAAUCAGUAAAAAACCAGAGGUUCAGCCGGACAGAGUAAAGAAACCUCAUGAAGUGUUUGAAGGUACAACCAUUUUUACCACAGAGUCAUCCACAUCAUCCGAUACUGAAUACUCUGAAAGCCUUGCUUUAAAUGACCAAAAUAAAUUACCUUCCACAGGGGUCGAAAACAUAGAAAGUAAUUCAAUUCAAAAAUUUUUUGAACCUCAAAAUGUGCCAGUUGUAACCUCGGCUGAAAUAUCUGAUAAUGAUGCAUCUAAUAAUGUCAGCACUCCAACUAAUGUGGAAAGUAAUUUACCUGAAGCAUCUGGUAUAAAUGAACAAAGUGUUGGCAGUAAUGAAAAAACUACAAAUGAUACUGAAAAUGUAUCUAUUGAUGCAAAUACAGAACCAGAAAAGCUUAGUUUGAUUGACCAGAGUUCAUCUCCUUCUAACAAUUUCAAUGACCAAAGUGUGGUAAUUCAAACAAACAAUGAUAAUAACCUUAAUGUUGGCAGUAAUGAUAAAACUACAAACGAUAAUGAAAAUGUAUCUAUUGAUGCAAAUACGGAACCAGAAAAGCUUAGUUUGAUUGACCAGAGUUUAUCUCCUUCUAACAAUUUAAAUGACCAAAGUGUGGUAAGUCAAACAAACAAUGAUAAUAAACUUAAUAUAUUACCUACUGAACCUACUGUUGUUGCUGUAAACGAAGUAAAUGAUAAUAUUAUUAACUCUAAAACUGAAAUGCAAAGUAAAAUAGACAAUAGUAACAGCAAUAUUUCUAACCCAAAUGAAGAGAAAAACAAAGAAGAACAGCCUAGAAAAAUAGACGAAAACCAAUCAAAAGAUUCAGAAAAUUUACCUUUAGAGGUAUCUACAGAACAUAUUGUGCCAUCAAGUGAAAUAAAUCAAAAUGUAAUUCAGACAAUACCAGAAACAACCCCCGUACCUCAAGUGCCUGAACUAACAGAACACAAUACUCUUACAUCUUCUAACAAUGUGCCUAAUAAUGAAAUUUUACCAAAUAUUAAUAUUACACCGGAAAAUCCUCUACCAAUUGAGUUUGUGCCUACAGAGAUUCCUCCAAUGACUGAGCCUCCGCCAACUGUAACAGGAAGCCCUGUUGAAGAAGUGCCUAGCAAUAUUGUUGAAACUGUUACAUCAGUGCCUGAAAUACCUAUACAGUUUAGUGAUAUUGCACCAAGCACCCCACCUGUUGAAACUAAUCCUCCAGAACCCGUACCAACUAUACCAGAAGUGCCCGUAGUUCAACCUGUAAUUUCAGCACCAGACUAUAGUUCAUCAGAAACUGUUUUAAAUUCACAAUACACAACAGAAACCAUACCAGCCAUUGAAACAAGCACUGAGUCCCAUGUUAUUAUUGAUGAUAGAUCUUCUGAGUCUGAUAUCCCAACUUCAAUACCAGAGGAAACACCAAAUACUUAUGAUUCAAGUGAGUCAAGUGAGAAUCUUAUCAAUGAAAUAUUUACUGAAGCAACUACCCAAGCCCCAGUUGAAGACGCUACUGAAGGUUUCUUCUCAAAUAUUUAUACAACAAUUGCUGAUAUGAUGCCACCGUCAACUGAACAGCCACCACCAGAAAAUGUUUUUAAUCCUGAUUAUGUUCAAAAGACUGAAAAUGAACCUGAGGAGACUGAAAGUUUCUCUUUUAUGAAUUACUUGUGGGUGACAUACACUUCUGUAAUGGGAGCAAAGGAUGAAACUAGUGCUUUAUUUCCUGUUGUUGGUGAAACAUGUUAUACAGAUGAAUAUUGUGAUGGCACAGGCAAUAAUCACAACCGGUUUCUCACAUUUCUUCUAACAACUGCCAGUACAAUAUUGCUUUUCACGCUUGGUUAUUACUACAUAGACAAUAAAAGACAAGACAGUAGGCUCAUUGGAAAUAUUAAUAACCUGCAAAGGGAGCUGCUUUUUGCUACGAAGGAGUGUGAGAUCCUUAAAGAGGAGCUUACUACUACUAAAACAAAGUUAGCUGGAAUCGAGGACAAUUCAUUUGGUAUGGAUGACAUGGUGCAGUCAUUGAAGGAGGAAAUCAACGAAUUGAAGGAACAGAACGAAAGAUUGAGAAACUCAUUGGAUGACAAUGAGAAAUUGUUGAGAGUUUCUGAAAACACAGCGAGCGAAUUACAAAAUACGCUAGGUGAAGUGGAGAAUACGCUCAGUGAAUUAAUGGAAGAGAGGUCUAAUUCAGAGGAACAAAUUGCUGAGUUAAACGAAAAAAUACGAGCUUUCGAAGAAGAACUUAUAUCAGUUAGUAGAGAUAGAGACAACUUCCAACUAAAGUAUGUGUCCGCUGAGAAUGCCUUGGAGGAAUUCAACAAACAGAAAAAAGUUUUGGAGGAACUGAACAAGAAACUUGUCGAAGCAAACAACACUAUUGAGUUGCAGAGACAUGAAAUUGUCGCACUAAAGGAUACCAUCAAGGAAAUAAAAAGUGGAUCAUCAUCUAACGUGGAUGUGAACUCUUUGAUAGAUCACACUGAGAUCAAAGCUAAGCUCGCCAAAGCUCUAGAGGAGAAGAACUCAUAUAUGAGCAAGUAUGAGUUGGCGCACAAAGAACAAACUCGGCUGGCAGAAGAGUUGAAGGCGACGCAAGAGUCCUACCAGACCACCAGUCAGCAAGCCACAGAGGCCGUCACUCGACUAGAAGUGUUGGGCAAAUACUUCCAAGAAAGAGAAAGUGAACUCAUGAAGGAGUUGAGUGCGAAGGAAUCGUUGUAUCUUAGCAAACAGGGAGAAUCUGCUAGUACCGUCGAGAAGAUGGAUUUAUUACAGCAGGAAAUACAGAGAUACAAGGAAAAAUGCGAUGCGUUAACACUCUCGUUGGCCGAACUUGAGUCAGCGAAGCGCGCGGCAGUGAGUGAAUUCGAGACGCGUGCGCACCAGGCGUGGCUCGAGGCGCGGGCGGCGCGGCGCGACGCGGACGCUGCAGCUGCGGACGCCGCGGCGUUACGACGCAAACUAGUCGCAGUGUCACACGCUGAUGGCGCCGCGUCGCCGCACAGACAGGUAGCGUCGCCGCUAGAGGCGGAGGGUGCGCCGGUGCCGCCGCUGCCGCUGGCGUUCCUGCCGCCGCCGCUGCUGCCGCCGCUCGCGCGCCCGCCGCCACUCGGACGCUUGCCCUCGCCACCGCUGCCGCCCAGAUUCGGCGAGCGCCGCUUCUCCCCCGAUUCGCGCUACUCGCCCGAGACGCGCUACUCGCCGGAGUCCCGCUACUCGCCCGAGUCGCGCUACUCUCCCACUCGCGCGCGCUACUCGCCCGAGCGGGGCUACUCGCCGCGCCGCCGGUCGCCCUACUCCUCGCGAUCUAGGAGAAGAUCUAUCGAUAGGUACAGCUCGCGGGGGUCGCGGCGUAACGGCGACACGGAGACGGAGUACAACAGCGACAGCCCCUCCCGCCGCCCGCGACGCCGCUACUCCAGGCGGUCAGAUAGUUCCGGUUCGGGCUGCUCGACGGAGUCGGAGAAGUAGCGCGAGUGUUCGACAAUAAGGUCAUGCUAUUUAUUACUUUGGUAUAGGGAUUGUACUGAAUAUCGAGAGCGGACAGGGCGUGUAAAAUUGUAAAUAUGCUGUACGAUUCGAUAGUAUUGAACGCGAUGCAAUAAAUAUUAUUAUAUUACGAUAUUGUUAUUGAAAGUUUUAUACAAUCCCAACGUGAGAAAAUUCGAAUCUUCCUAGAGCACUGAUGUUUUUGUUAGUUAUCACUACCAAAGUAAGGAAGAUAAAUUGAUAUUACACGAUGAAUUUCAUAUGAACUGGAACGGCUUAACAUAGGUACUAUUACUGGUUAUAGAAUGAUUUUAAAUGUUGCUUUAAUUUUACUUUAUUAUUGCAUAAAAUAUGUGAAUAAUGUUUUGUGUAGACGUGACAUUUUAUUACACUUACUAUUUCGAUAGUAGAAUAAUACUGAAAAUCUCUUAAAGUUCCUUUAGAAAAGAAUAGCUUUUUUUUAAUUAACUUACUUCCGUUUAUUGAAUACAAGGUACUUAUUACUAAAAAUACAAUUAUUCAGCCACCGAAAAGUCAUCGAUGUUAUCUUUGUAGAACUAGGUAUUAUUAAUUACAUUCUGUAAAUUUGUCUGUAUCUAAUAUACUAUUCAUUGUUUUA